CACGUGGAUGGCAAACAUUCCUAGUGUUUACAGCAAAAAGGCGCGCGUGUUUUAGUAGGACAGGUGCUUUCGAAAAAGAUACUUUGUUUAAUGCCCAGUACAGUUUUCGGCGAUGUCUUUUCUUGCGAAUGCUGGUUAGGAAGUUCUACAAUAUCUUCAUUAAAAACAGACGAGGAGUUUGUGCUUGCGCUCAGUUAAUUGAUAGGGGGAGCAUGCGCGAACUGUUUCGGUAGCCAAGAAUCUCUACACUUCAUUGCAUUAUGGUGGAUAAGGGUCCAGUUCUGACAUCUGCUGUUAUUUUCUACCUGUCCAUUGGGGCAGCAAUUUUUCAAGUUCUAGAGGAACCGAACUGGGAAAUCGCAGUGAAGCAUUAUACAUCCGAGAAGGAGAAAAUAUUGAAACAAUACCCAUGUCUUACAAAGGCUGACUUGGACCACAUUUUAGAGGUAGUGUCUGAUGCUGCAGGACAAGGGGUCACCAUUGCAGGAGACAAAACCUUCAACAACUGGAAUUGGCCUAAUGCUGUCAUCUUUGCAGCUACAGUUAUCACAACUAUAGGUUAUGGAAAUAUUGCACCUAAAACACCUUCAGGGAGGGUGUUUUGUAUUUUUUAUGGUCUCUUUGGAGUGCCUCUGUGUUUAACCUGGAUUAGUGAACUUGGGAAGUUUUUUGGGGGACGAGCUAAACACCUUGGACAAUAUCUCACAAAGAAAGGGAUAACACUGCGGAAAACACAAUUUACCUGCACAGCUAUCUUUCUUUUAUGGGGUGUGCUGGUCCAUUUGGUAAUUCCUCCAUUUGUUUUUAUGACCCAAGAAGGUUGGACCUACAUCGAGGGCCUGUACUUUUCUUUUGUUACUUUGACAACAAUUGGUUUUGGUGAUCUUGUAGCUGGUCUUCAAAAGGACUUUAAAAUUUGAUUUUACAAAGUGUGCAGCAACCCUGUUUGUGCAAGAGAAAAUGUUUGAUUCCAUAAAAAGAGUGGUACAGUGAAAUGUUCAGACUUUGCAUAUUGCAGUCUUUAAACGCUUUGAACAUGCAGUCAAGCCAGUUGCUGUCUGACGCGGCAUAGAACGCACAUUUAAAUCAAAAAGAGUUUUUGUUGUUUUUAAAAAAAAAAAUUUUUUUAACUUACUGGGUUCUUAUUUUUCACGUUUUCUGGGUUGCUAGAUGCACCGGGGACCCGAUUAUAGCACUUAAACACAGAAAAAGUGCGGUUUUCAUCUGAUGUCUCCAUUAAGUGGUCAGCAUUAACUUAACUGAGGCUUAUUCUCACAUAACAUUUGUAAAAUUCUAUUAGAGCUUUUAAAGUCAACCACUUUAUUUCCCUAAAUUGUUUGAGAUAAAAUUCUUUAUUAAUAAAUUCUACUUACAAUAUUUUUAUUUACAGGUGUCAUGUUUGUGAUUUUUCAUGUGUAAUAGCCUAUAACCACCUCUGAUCAUGAAAUCGAAACAGACUCACGAUUUUACGACAAUAGGCCUACUUUUAUUUAUUCACAUACAGUGUUGGGCAAGUUACUCUGGAAAUAUAAUUAAAUUACUGAUUACUGAUUACUCCAUUUAAAAGUAAUCAAGUUACUGGUCUGAUUACUUUAUUUCAAAAGUAAUUAAUUACACUACUUGUUACAUUACUCGUUACAUUACUAGCCCUCAAAAACACAAAAUAACCUCUUUAGCCUUCUCAAGACUAAACUUUAUUGGCAAGUGCAUACUCUACUCUAUCUCGUCUUUAAU